UCUUGGAUAUACCAAAAUGAUUCAAACAGUGUUCCUGUUGGUUACAAUGUUAGUGUAAAAACUACCAUAAGAUCUGUGAAUGAGAAUCUUCAAAGUCAUUCAUCUUGAUUCGUCAUGUCUGUGAAGGAGAUUAACGAAGAGGGGGACAUUUAUGAUUUUCUUCCAGUGAAGAACAGAGAUAAUGCUACGCCAUCCUGCAAGGAGGAAGUGGGUUUGCCACAUGGAAUUCAGGGGGAAGACCUGGGCAUGUCUUUGAAGCUGAUUCCAAAGGAAGAAUUUGAUUCUUUCCUUGAAGAGUUUGGAGAGUCACAUGGGAAACAGGAACAAGACGUCUAUGGCUUGCCAUAUGCAAAUGGAGAACAAGACCUCUAUGACUUGCCAUAUGCAAAUGGAGAUGAUGCAUCUACUGCAGGUGAACGCCAUGAUGGUGAAAAUCCAUACCAGCAUACCAUUUGUGGAAAGACCUCUACAAAACCAAACCAUCCAGUAACGCACCCUAGAUCCAGCAAGGCAGAGGGUGCAUGGCAGUGCACGCUUUGUGGAAAGGACUUUGUGAACAAAUAUGGUCUGAGAAUUCAUCAGAGAAUUCAUACUGGAGAAAAACCACACAAGUGCACUACAUGUGGAAAGAACUUUACAAGUCAACAAGGUCUUGUUUACCACCAGAGAAUCCAUACUGGGGAAAAGCCUUACCAGUGUACUGCAUGUGGAAAGGCCUUUACAAUUCGAAGUCAUCUUGUACAACAUCAGAGAACCCACACUGGGGAAACACCUUAUCUGUGUCCUACAUGUGGAAAGGGCUUCACUGCUAAAAGCAGUCUUGUAUACCAUCAGAGAACCCAUACUGGGCAAAAACCUUACCAGUGUAUUACAUGUGGAAAGGCCUUUACAUGUCAACAACGUCUUGUUUCCCACCAGAGAAUCCAUACUGGGGAAAAGCCUUACCAGUGUACUACAUGUGGAAAGGACUUUACAAUUCAAAGUAAUCUUGUACAACAUCAGAGAACCCACACUGGGGAAACACCUUAUCUGUGUCCUACAUGUGGAAAGGGCUUCACUGCUAAAAGCAGUCUUGUAUGCCAUCAGAGAACCCAUACUGGGCAAAAACCUUACCAGUGUACUACAUGUGGAAAGGCCUUUACAUGUCAACAAGGUCUUGUUUCCCACCAGAGAAUCCAUACUGGGGAAAAACCUUACCCAUGCACUACAUGUGGAAAGGCCUUUACAAUUCAAAGUCAUCUUGUACAACAUCAGAGAAUCCACACUGGGCAAACACCUUAUCUUUGUCCUACAUGUGGAAAGGGCUUCACUGCUAAAAGCAGCCUUGUAUACCAUCAGAGAAUCCAUACUGGGGAAAAACCUUACCCAUGCACUACAUGUGGAAAGGCCUUUACAAUUCAAAGUAAUCUUGUAAGACAUCAGAGAACACAUACUGGGGAAGUUUGGAAUUGAGCAUUGUCUUGUAAAACAUCAGAGAAUCCAUGCCGGGAUGCAUGUGGAAAGGGCUUUACAGGUAGUAAUAAUUAAGGACAUACCGAUAUAUUAUUUACCAAUAAGGAUUUACCAAUAGGAUAUACCAAUAUUUAUUAUUUUAUGUUAUUCAGGUUUUUUAAAAGCACCAAGACACUUUUAUUUUUGUAUUACUUGACUGUUAGACAUUACUUGAUUGUAAGAGUGGGUGUUUAAAUGCUACAAAUUCUACCUCAAUUUGAUAAUGUUAAAGAAAUGUAAAUUUUUAACUUUAGACCUGGAAUAUUUGUCAUUUUGAAAAAAUUUUUUUACCCAUAUCGGCCCCAAAUAUCGGGUAUCGGAAAUCAGGUAUCGGCCAUAAAAAACCUGUAUCGGUCGACCCCUAGUAAUAAUCUUUUAAGACAUCAGAGAAUUCCUAAUAUGUAAACAUGUUCAAACUAGAAAAACGUUUUGUUUGAUGCAUUACAUUGCCACUAUGACCUUUUAAUUCUUGCAUUCGUAAUAAAUAUAAAAGCAACUGUA